AUAUCUCUCAACAUGGUGGGAAAUGCUCAUUCUUCUGUCUUCUUCCACGACUGCUUCCCAUAUGUUCUGUCUGUCUAGAACACUCAUAACCCACAAAUCUUGGAUCAUCGUUCCCGCCAUGUCGAUGGACUUCAACUCUCAUGCCUUUGCGGGCAACCCCAUCAAGCUUAGGACCCCAAAGCCCACCGAUCCAUAUUCAUCCACCUCAGCUCUCCAGAUUCUGAAAACCCUAAUCUUGGGUAGGACCAUUGAGCCCCUUUCGCCCAAUUUCAAAAUCUUGCCUUUCAGAAAGGGCCGGCCUUUAGCCGGCUCAUCAGGUAACCCAUACCUCAGCUGGCACCUGGGUUGGUUGGAAUUUGGCGACUGUAGGGGAUUGUUGGAGGACUGUGAUGUAAAAUUGAGUGAUGAUUCAUUGGUCUAUCUGGGGUCCAAGGAUGAGGAUCUAAGUGUUGUGUACUGGGCUAUGGAUGUGUCUGAAUGUGGUAGUGGUUUGGUGAAAAACUUGGGUGAUAGACAACUUUGCUUUCUUGAGCUGAGGAGCUUAAUGGUGGCCUCUGAUUGGGCCGACUCUCGUGUGAUGGGCGAACUUGCUGUUGCUGGUCAUGUGAGUUUGGCCUCCAACUCUCUCAUCUUUUCCAUUUUCUAUGCUGAUGGAGACGGACUGGAAAAUGUGAUAAUUUAUAUUAGUAUAUGUAGGGCUGUAACUGAACGAGUUCCAGCCUAUGCUCUGUUUGAGUAAGUUCGUGUAGUAUAAAAUAGUUGUUCAUGUUCUUGCAUUUAGCAUUAAAAGUAUUUAUAUGAAUGCUCAAUUAUAUUUGUUAAGUCCCUGUUCUCUCUUGUGCCUCGUGUGUUUGGUUGCACAUGUUUUGUCUAGGAUAUGCAUUCUCAGGUCUCAAAACUUGAUCCUAAAUCAAUCAAGUGUGUUUUUCUGGGUUAUUCCCGAAUACAAAAAGGAUGUCGAUGUUAUUCUCCUUCAUUGGGUCGAUAUAUUAUCUCUUUAGAUGUCACAUUUUUUGAAGAAACACCUUUCAUUUAGCCUAAUUCAUCUUCAUCCCCUUCUCUGGAACUCUCUAAUGACGAGUUUCUAGUCUAUACCAUCAACCAGCCAUAAUCUAUUCCCCCAUUGAAGUUUCCCCAUCAACUUUCCUUCCUCCUCCAGCUCCUCCCCUUAAAGUUUACUCUUGUCGUGUGCGCCCUGUGACUACGGCACCUACUUUGCCUACCAGUGUACCACCAUCUUCUACUUCGCCUCCAGAUUCUGCUCCCUCUCACCUUGAUCUCCCUAUCACCCUCCGAAAAGGUACUCGUACUUAUACUUAUCCUGUUUCUUACUUUCUUACUUAUAAUGCAUUGCCACCUUUUUCCAAGAGCUUUGUUGCUUGUUUAUAUUCUAUUGUUGUUCGUUCAACUGUUUCUGAGGCAUUGGCUUAUCCUGGUUGGUAAGAGGCAAUGCGAGAGGAGAUGAUGGCUCUCGAUCAGAACCACACAUGGGACCUGGUUUAUCUUCCACCAUACAAGAAAGCUAUUGGGUGUAAAUGGGUGAUCACUGUCAAAAUGAAUCCGGAUGGUUCUGUUGCUCGUUUAAAGGAAUGGUUAGUACUUAGUAGCUAUGGGUUAUGCUCAGACAUAUGGAACUGUUGCCAAACUUACAUCCAUUCGAUUGUUUAUCUCUUUGACUGCUACUUUCAAUUGGACACUCCAUCCACUUGAUAUUAAAAAUACCAUUUUGAAUGGUGAUCUUAGUGAGGAGUAUACAUGGAACAACCACCAGGGUUUCUUGCUCGGGGGAGUCUGAAAAAGUAUGUGAAUUAAGGAAAUUGUUGUAGGGUUUGUAACAAUCCCCACGAGCUUGGUUCAGCCGUUUCAAUGCAACUAUAUUUUAAUUUGGCCUACGCUGGAGUGCCUAUGAUCACUCAGUUUUCUUUUGUACCUCUGAUUCUGGAUGCAUUCUAUUAGUUUUGUAUGUUGAUGAUAUUGUGAUCACUGACAGUGAUGCGAGUCGUAUUUUGAAACUGAAAGCUUUCGUGGCUACUUGCUUUCAGACCAAAGAUCUUGGGCCCUUGAAGUACUUCUCAGGGAUAGAAGUCUCAUGUAGUAACAAGGGAACUUACUUGUCCCAGAGAAAAUAUUGCCUAGAUGCUUUAAAUGAUGCAGGUUUCGUUGAGGCAAAACCGCGUGAUGCUCCGAUGAUCCCAAAUGUAAAGUUAACGGCUGAUGAAGGCGACUUGCUCGAAAAUUCUGAGGGAUGCAAUUACUGAUAUCCCAAGAUACUUGAAGGGGGCUCCUGGGCGUGGGAUACUAUAUCAAAACCACAGACAUCAUGUUAUUGAAGGGUUUAUUGAUGUGGACUAUGCUGGUAACCCUAAUGACCGACAUUCCACCAUUGGUUACUGCAUGUUUGUUGGAGGAAACCUUGUAUCCUGGAAGAGUAAGAAGCAAAAUGUUGUCUCUAGAUCAAGUGCAGAAUCUCAAUACCGAGCUAUGGCACAAACUACAUGUGAGCUGGUUUGGCUUCGACAUUUGCUUGAUGAACUUGGAUUUGCUCAAACAUAACCAAUGAAAUUAUGGUGUGAUAAUCAAGCAACUAUCCAUAUUGCAAAUAAUCCUGUUUUUCAUGAAAGAACAAAGCACAUCGAAGUUGAUUGUCACUUUACUCGAGAAAAGGUAGAAGAUGAUACAAUUUGCACUUCCCACAUCAAAACAGGAAAUCAACUAGCAGAUGUGUAGAUGUGUUCACCAAGGCUCUACUGGGAACACGUAUCAAUUCCAUCUGUACCAAACUAGGCAUGAUUAAUAUCUAUGCUCCAACUUGAGGGGGAGUGUUAGAAUAUACAUAUUUAAUGUUAGAAUAUACAUAUUUAAUAGUCAAUAUAUUCUAUGUAUAUAUGGUAGCUAAUAUAUUCUCUGCGGUAGACUAAAUAUUGAAUUAAUUCCACUUUAGGUCCUCCGAGUUUUGUGUCGUUUCCAUAUUUAGUCCUCGUCUUUCACUUUAUCCAUUUUUGGUACCUGACUAUUGCUUUCUUGACCAUUUGUGGUCCAUUUCUGAGCAUAUUUACUAUCAGAAAAGGACUAUAUAUGGUCAAGAAAACAAUAGUCAGGUACCAAAAAUGGAUAAAAUGAAAGACGAAGACGAAUUGUGGAAUUGGUGCAAAUCUCGAAGGACCAUAAGUGAAAUUUCUUCACUAAAUAUUCUAUGUAAAUGUGGCAGAUUUAGUUUCCUUUUGUAUUCUCUAGCUUGUUUGUAUAUAUACUUGCUAUACUCAAUGAAUAAUAGACUGUGAUUUCAUUGCAUCUUUAAUCUUUAUUACUCAGUUUACACAUACCAUAACAUACAUCAAGCUGCCAACUGCUGAUGCAUUAGAAACCUUUUCCAUUUCUUCCUUGUCUUUAUCCGUUUUAGGUGAUUGCUUCUUAGUAAGUUUAAAAUGACUUCCCAGAGGUGUACUUUAGGCUUUAGCAUCUUUCAGAUUGAACUUCUCUAGUGCCUUCCCAAUGUAUUUUUCUUGAGAUAACUUUAGGGCCUUCUGCUCUAUCUCUAUUGUCUAGUGAUGCUCAUACCAAGGAUCUGCUUUGCAUCUCCCAAGUCUUUCAUCUCAAAUUCCUGAGAUAAUUGUUUCUUGAGCUUGUUGAUUUCUCUCAUGUAUGAUCCUGCAACCAACAUAUCAUCAACAUAUAACAACAAUAUGAUGUAGGAGGAUUUGAAUUUCUUCAAGUAGCAGCAAUGAUCCAUAAGACAUUUCGUAUAUCCAUUCCUUUUCAUAAAAUUUUCAAACUUCAUGUACCACUAUCUUGGUGCUUGCUUCAAUCCGUACAGACUUUUCUUCAGUUUGCAAACCAAGUUUUAUUUCCCAGCUAUCUCAAAACCCACCCUCCGGUUGAAUCAUGUAAAUAUCUUGGGAGAUCUCACCAUCUCUAUGAGGAAGGACCCUAGUGGGAUCCGUAGCAAGCCAAACUUCACUGUAAAACCUAUUACACAAAUAAUACAACUCAAACUUUCAUAAUUAAAUAAUUAAAUAAAAUAACAUAUAAUGGUAACUAAUAAUCAUCUUAAUUUAUUUAAUACCUUGGAUUCAAUGAAUGAGCUAGGCAGUGAAGAGGUGCUGAACCCUUUCCGCAACGUGUCACAAGAAUAUCAUAUACUACGCUGAAGAAAGCACUAGAUGAGCUGAGAGAUUUUUCUUCAUGCUUAUAGAUUGCAACUUUGACUUUCUCAAUCAUUGAAUUCCACAUCUCACACACCAAAUGAAGACACGCCCUAUCAGUAUCACAUGCUCGAAUCAUACUGUAAAUAGGAUCUGAGAAAGCAAGAAUGUAAUCAAUUUGAUCCCACCAAUACUCAAAACCUUGUCCCUCACAAACCUUGCCUUGCCUUGGUCAUCUUCACGGUAUGAUGCCUACUCAUCACUCAACACCAUAGCCUCAAGACCACGUUUAAUAAGCUUAAACCUCUUAAGCAUCAAGCAAAUCGGGUGUCCGCCACAGAAAGUAAUUUAAGGGACAUGAAUUUAUUGAACAUGGACAAUAUCAUAGUAUAAUUCAUGAUGAAAUUCUUUAUGUGAAUAUCAUCAUCAUGAAUUUCAGUGAUCCAAUGACAUUUCUCAUAAACUUCUGUGUUGCUCUCCACAUUCUUUGCAACACAUAUGUUCUUUAGCGCAAGAUUUAAAGUAUGCACUACACAAGGUGUCCAAUAGAUGUGAGGAUACAUACCUUCAAUUAGUUUUCCUGUACCCUUGCAAUUUGCAGCAUUAUCAGUGAUCACCUGCACCACAUUUCGAUGACCUAUCUCAUCAAUGACUUCUUUCAUCAAAUUAGCAAUGAAUUCUUUUGAUUUAAAUUCACCCAUACAAUACACUACCUUAUCAAACAUGGGACCACUUCCAGGUGUUGCCAUAAAAUCAAUUAUAGGUCUUCUUUGAGGAUCACUCCAAUCAUCAGUCGUACUUGCCACUCCUCUUUCCGGCCAAGUAGCUUUAAGUGGUUGUAAUAACCUCUCACAUUUGCCUUUUCUUGCUGAAGUAAAGUGGUCCUCAAUUUAUUGUAGCCUGGGGGACAUAACCACCUAAAUUAUGAUUGGCAGCAAACAAAAAAGCUCUCACAUAAUAUGGAUUCCUAGCAAGAUCAAAUGGCAACCCUCCUGUAAAAAACAUCCGGACAAUUUCUUCAUCUAAUUUUCCUCUAGCAUCCAUAUCAAAAGCUUUCUCCAAAGGAUUCAGGCUAGCUUUUCUUUUAUUAGGUAAACUAGUAUUACCUAUCCAAUCCAUUUAUUUUAGGAACAUCUUUAGGUGCAACUUUUUUUUUAAUUUUUUCAAGUUCUUCUUCUAGCUUUUUCAUCUCACGCAAAUCAUUAGAUUGAACCUUAUUACAUAUAGCAAUUCCUUGCUUUGAAAUUUGAAGCAAGUGAGCUCUUACUCUAGAAUAAGAUUGGGUUAGGCCCAUUUGUAUAUCUUGUAUAGGAAACCCUUGUACUCUAAAUAUAGCUAUAAAUAUAGCUUCUUGUAUAUCAUUUUAGUAUCAAAAUAUAUGAAAUACAACAAUACUUCUUCACAUGGUAUCAGAGCCUAUAUGGCAAGAAGUAGUUAGGGCGUUGGUUUUCCGGCGAGCAUUUCCGGCAUAAUUCCCGGCGUGAACAGUAGCUGCGAUUGGUAUUGGAGCACGCUUCGGUAGUGAAUAUCUACACCUACCGCCUUGCUCAGCAUAACAUCGCGACCAACCACCCAGAACAGUAUCAGAACGGAGGCUACCACGCGCCCUCACGCGCCACCGCCCCCUCCCUGCAGUUCACUUACAUAUUUGCAGAUCUACUCCGUUCUAGUUAUCCGGAGAUCUCACAGUCGAUACCGUGAAGAUUUGGAGUUCCUGGCGACUUGAACAGCAUAACCCAAGCGCUCAUCAGAAGAUCCAUGCGCCGCCGCCGACUUCACGCGCCGCCGCCGACCUCACGUGCCGCCGCCGAACUUACGCGCCGCACAGAUCCAUCGUGCCAUCGCCGUCGACGCCGCCCGGUCCGCCUACCGCCUCUGCCACUGUUUUGUUACGCCUGUCCACCACUCCCAAGGUCAGCUUUUCUUAAUUUUUAGUUGUUGCGCAAUCCCUGCCUACUGUUCCUCAAUUCCGCUGCUGCCUUGGAAAGUUACUGCUGCACUGCGUUAUUAACUAGUUACUGGUGCACUAUUUGAUGUUUAAUUGCUUUUUCACUACUUCAUAGAUUUAAAUUUUUGUGUUAUCUUAAAAAAAAGAAAAAAAAAACAGUACAAAAAAAAACAAAAAAAAAACAAAAAGAGAGAGAUACAAAAAAAUGUCUUUUAUGAGAGCUGACGGUGGAAACAACACAGGAUUCUCGAGGCGAAACCGUCCUAAAUGUGAUUUUUGUCAUAACAUUGGUCAUACUAAAGAUAGGUGUUGGAAAUUAUAUGGGAGACCUCCUCCCUCAGCCCACGUUGCUCAGCUACCGCCAUCUCCCAUUGUUUUAUCACCGGAAGAAUAUGCAGCAUAUCAGCAAUUUAAGUUGACUAAUAUGCCUUUAUCCACACUCGGGUUGUCUACUGCUUAUGUUUCACACACAAUAGGCUCAUGGAUCAUUGACUCAGGUGCCUCAGACCAUAUUUAUGGUAAUCCCCAUCUUUUAUCCCAUAUUUCCAAGCACCAAAAUCUUCCUUUGAUUACUCUUGCUAAUGGCCUUCAAACUUCAGCUUCAGGUAUUGGACAAGCUCUUCCACUUUCAUCCUUCCCAGUAGAUUCAGUCUUAUAUGUCCCAAACACCCCUUUUAACCUUCUCUCUGUCAGUAAAAUCACACGUGCUCUUAAUUGUUCUGUAACAUUUUCUGCUGAUUCUGUGAUUGUGCAGGACCAUUGUACGGGAAAACGAUUGGCGUCGGACAUGAAUCUCAAGUUGAUACCCCAUCAUGUUUGGACCUCACCUCAUAUCUCCGACCCAUCCAUCUGGAGACUCCCAUUCACCCCAUCUGAUGGGCACAAAAAUUGCUCUCCUUUGGUAGACCGCUCAUAUAAGUAUACCAUCGACGGCCUCGGCUUCCUCCCAUUGUGCCUACUGUGGCCACGCCGAUUGAUUCCCCUACGACGGAUCCCGUAUGUUCACCAUCAGCUACCCCAGCACCCGAAAAUACUCAGGAUAAUUUGCCCAUUGCCCUCCGAAAAGGUACGCGUUCUACUUUGAACCCACAUCCCAUAUAUAACUUUUUGAGUUAUCACCGCAUCUCUACUUUGAACCCACACGUGAGACCCUGUACAACCCGGAGUGGCGUAAAGCCAUGUUAGCUGAGAUGGAGGCACUUCAUUCUAGUGGCACAUGGGACCUAGUCCCACUUCCCACUGGCAAACAGUGGUUGGGUGUCGGUGGAUUUACACGGUUAAAGUUGGGCCUGAUGGGAAGAUUGAUCGUUUUAAAGCACGCCUUGUGGCGAAAGGGUAUACUCAGAUAUAUGGUUUGGAUUACACCGACACUUUUUCUCCUGUAGCGAAGAUUGCAUCAGUUCGUUUGGUUUUAUCCAUGGCAGCAAUGAGCCACUGGCCAUUGUUCCAAUUGUAUCAGAGCAGUCGAUCGCUGAGAUACCCACGCGUGAAAAUGGAGGGACGACUCACUGAAGUGGAGAGGAAUCAGCGUGAAAUGCAAGCUAGGAUGGCGAAUAUUGCGGCUAAUAUGGCCGUGAUGCAAGCGGCGAUGCAAGCUAGCAUCACAAAAUUGAAGGUCAGAAUUUCGAGGAGUCAUUCACAUCGAUCAAGUACUGCGCACCAUGGACACGCAAGAAAUUGCGAUCAUGGAGAGAGUGGUAACAUCGCAUGUCGAGCGGGGAACCCUAGAAAUUGUUUGUCGCAGUCGCUCACCAAAUCGCUUAAGGAGUCGUGAACUGUUUCUUUUUUUUUCGCACUCACAGAAGGCUUCGCGCGGAAAAAUGGGGAAUAUCGCGGAAAAGAGGGAGCGCGGAAGUUCGCAGACUGAAUCGCGAACUUUUUCUCAUAUUUCGCAAUCGCGAACAGAUUCUUACCAGUCGCAGAAUUCUUCACCGGUUAUGAGUUCACGACCAAGAAAGGCGUGAUUGAGUGAAGAAUCUCCAUCUUCAUCGCCAAUAGAUUCACACUGUUCGCUUUCUUCGCCUCAAGCAUUUCCUCUGAGUUCGCAAGCAAUUUCGUCCUUUGGCUUUGACUAGAGCCGACAAACCCAACUCGAAAUCUCUAUCUGAAUUUCCAGAAUCGCAGCAGAAGUUGAUUAUUCAGCAGCACACCUAUGGAGAAGAGGAAUGCAAAGAUAAACCAUCAGUUAAUCUUGAACCAGAAGGAGCAGUUGUUGGAUUUUUCAGACGUUAAAUGUUUUUCAAGUACGAUCUUAACGAGUCAGACCUUGAAACCAAUAGGUUCAAGCUUCUCCAGGUAUGCAAAAUUUCUUCUCAUCUUGCACAAAAGAAGAACUGGCCAAAUAUCUUCUAGACUGAAAGGAUGUAUAGCCAGUCAUCAAACAUUGUGUUGGAAGGAUUGAACAACGUUUCUAUUGGGGUAGUGAUUUCACAUGGAGGUCCUCUAAAUUGGAUGGAGGGUGUGAGCGGAGGAAGGCUUGCUAUUGAUGAUAAAGGGGCUGAAACAGCAGUGCCUAAUCAGAAAUUGACUGAUGAGAAACACUUUUUCACUAUGUUUCAAGCAAUUUUGAAACCCAAAAUUGAAGAGGGACUUUCUACCCAUUAUAAUUCAAGGGAUCAUCAAUACUAUUUCCCAGUUGUUUCCUUUGUUAUUGUGAAUCUGAAUGGGAGGGAUCCAAGUACCCUUAACUCCCCUACCAACUUGUGGGUUGGCCUUUUGACCGGGGCACUCAGAAUUACAGAUUCAGAACAUAGAAAUCAUGAGGAGCUGCAGAAAAGUGAAGAAAUAAUUUUGGAUAUGGAGGACGGGAAGGAGAUUGAACCAAAUGAAGAUUCACUUUUUGAGGCUGAAAGUUCUGUGAUUUUAAAAGAUCCCGUACUGAAGUCCCUCGUCCAUCAACCAGUUAGAUAUUGCGAAGGAAGAGGAACAAGGAAGAGGAAGAUGAAGCAGAAGAUUUUGGCUGUUUCCUAUCACCCACCUUGAGGGCAAGGUGGAUGUUUAGGGGGGAGUAUUGACAGGAAUGCAGCUGAAAUAAACAAAGAGAAUAAAUACCUAGAUAAUACAAUACUUGGUAAAUAAAAUAGUCGGUGGAUAGUUAGUUCGGUUAUUGCUAUUAACUAAUUCGGUUGUACUGAAUAGCUAUAAAUAGAAGAAGGCUAGAAGUAGGAGGAGGUUGGUUUUAGACGUUUGUCUUGUAUCGGGAAGUUAGAGACUAAUCCUCUCUCUCUUUGGGGGCUUCAGCCAUUGUUUCUUGUUCUUGAUCAAUAAAGUGUGAAGUAGUUUCUUGAUUUAAUUUCUGUAAUUUUCAAUAUUCCUAGAUUGUUCUAUCAGGAUAGCCUGUUCUUCAAGCCUUCAAGUGCAACACCAGAGCCACUGUGUCAUUCACAAGGGUUUGUCGCUGGCAGCUUCAACUCUUCAAUCGUUCAAGUCUGACGCACAGACUGUAUGACUUUGUUCCAGUCGACUGAGGAGAGGGGAGUCGCAACUCUUCAAGCCUUCGUUUUUGAGUGGAGACCAGGGAGUCGCGCAGAAGGAUUGCGGACGACGUUCGUUUGCGGAUAGAGUACGGCAGACAUGAGUAAUGGUAUUUUUAAAAUUUAGAAACGUUUCUGGGACGGAAACUUGAAGGAGAUAGGCGUUUCCGUGCUUCCUAGGUCUUGACAUCCAGCUGCUCUAGAUGCAAGUCUUCAGCGGCCAAUAUGCUCAAGACUGAUCUGAUCGUUGUCAUCUUCACAAAUGGGGAGAAAAUCUCAAUAUAAUCCACUUCUUUCUUUUGUUGGAAACCUUUGACAACCAAUCAAGACUUGUACCUCUUGCUGCCGUCAAACUCAUCUUUGACCCUGAAUACCCAUUUAUUCCACAAAGCCUUCUUUCCUGUGGGUAAUCCGACCAAUUUCCAAGUCCGGUUCUUUUCAAGUGAGCUCAUUUCUUCAUUCAUAGCUUGCUCCCACUGUACGGAUUCUUUCAUCUUCAAAGCUUCUGAAUAGCAUUCUGGUUCAUCAUUUUCAUUGAAUAGCAAAUAAUUUGCCGAGGGGGAGAAAUUCUGAGGACGUGUAGAAACUCUGGUGGAUCUUCUAACCCAUGUUGUUGGAGUUUCAUUAUCAAUAGUCUAAGAAUUUGAACUCUCAAUAUCCUUUGUGUUCCCACUGAUUCCUGAUCCCCGUUCUCAUCUGAGCUCCCACUAUUCCCUGAACUUUGACCAAUUUCCGAAGCACUGACAGGUUUCACAAUGUCUUCUUCUGAGAUCUCAUCAAACACCACUUGAUCCUUUCUUUGUGACAUCUUGCUUUGGUUGGGGCUGUUGCAAGAUCAUCUUUGUACAACGCAUUCUCAUUGAAUGUCACAUCUCUGCAUCUAAUAACCUUUUUGUUGUGAUCAUCCCAGAAGCGAUAACCCAUGUCAUCCAAAACAGUAGCCUAUAAAGAUGUACUUCUUCGCCUUUGCCUCGAGCUUGUCUCUGUCUGCAUCCUGACAUAGGAGACACAACCAAAUCAAAAGAAUUGACACUUUCCUUUUUGUGGAAAAGCUAAUUCUUCAGACCACUUUAUUGAACAAAUCAAAGCAUUCACACAGAAUUGGGCUUCUAGUUUUAACCGGCUGAAGCUCAAAAGAAUUGACACUUCUUUUUGAGGAAAAGCUAAUUCCUCCAAAUUUUUGACUAUCUGGCUCAAAUCUAAGGAUCGUUAAGUGGAUUAAGCCUACAACUUUGAAAUUAAACACUGAUGCAUCUUUCUCACCUCAGGGGGCGUUCAGUGGUGCGAUUAUGAGGAACCAGGUUGGCGCUCUUGUUUUUGCUAUCUCUUUCCCUUUGCAAGCUGAUUCGGUUAUGGAUGCGGGAAUCAAGUCCCUGGUUUUUUCCACUAGUUGGUCCAUGGAGGCUGGGUUUAACGAUUUUUAGGUGGAAGUUGACUCUGAGGAAGCUCUGAAGUAUAUCGAUGCGGAUCAGCCAGGGGGAUGGAAGGUCAUCGUUCAGGCAAUGCUGCUGGAAUCAAAUAGGAAAUCAAUCUCUUUCAGGCAUAUUUGGCGUGAAGCUAAUUGGACCGCAAAUAACCUGGCCCGUCUUAAUGAGGAACGUUUAUUAAUCUUUAACCGGGCCACAGAUCUUUCGAGCUCAAGCUCAGUCAGAAAGGCUUAUUAUAUGGAUAAGUUUGAAAUCCCUUCUUUCAGGAUGCAACUCUUAUUGGGUUUCUUUGUUGUAACUUGUAACCCAUUGUUUUUUAUUAAUGUUUUUAUUUUUAGUGGAAGGUUUUGGCUUCGCCCCCUUCUACUAUGCAUAACUUGGUUUCUUUUUUAAUAAAAUUCGAUAAAUGUUCCCCAACAUUUACCCCACUGAUUUUGAUGGUUUGUCUUCCGGGUUUAAAAAAAAGGAGACACAACCAAAUACUUUCAAGUGAGUAAGUGAUACUUCUCGACCUCACCAUUCUUCUUCAGGAAUCUUGAACCUAUUGUAACACUUGAGAUUUAAUUUAAACGGAUUAAUAGUAUUACUCAUACCAACAGGGUGCAUCUCCUUUUAAGGGAGCUCAUCAACUAAGAACUUCAAAGUUAAGCGUGUUUGGACGGGAGUAAUCUUGGGAUGGGUGGCCCCCUGGGAAGUUUCUCAGGGCACACACGAGUGAGGACAAAGUGCGCGGAGAAGGCUAGUGGCGGUUUGUGAGGACAGUACUAGAGGUCUGGAGUAACUACCCCGGGUCCUGUGUGGCCGGGGUGUUACACCUAUAGGAACUGAGGGUCCAUGAUUGAUUAAGUAUGCUGCCGUGUUGACAGAAUCUGCCCCGAACAUCUUUGGUAGACCUACAUGUAACCUCAUGCUCUUUGCUCUUUCACAAAAGGUUGUGUUCAUCCUUUCGGCGACCCCAUUUUGUUGGGGUGUUUCUGGAACUGUUUUCUUCCGUUCUCGGCACAAUAAUAAAAAAAAUCUCUACUGCUGUACUCACCCCCAUUAUCUUACUUUAAACACUUAGGGCCUGUUUACUAACAGAGAUAUUUUCCAGAUUUUUAGAAAACUGGAAAAAGGAAAACAGAAAAUGUGUUUACCAAAGAAAAUUACUGGAAAACCGGAGAAAAGAAAACAGAAAACUGUGUUUACCAAAUCGUUUUCUGUAGGUUUGAAGAAUUAAUCUUCCUUGAAUGUUAUUGAGCCAUCCGGCAAUGAUAUAUAUACAAGUUACAGAUAAAGCCUAGUUGUUACAGAUCCUAAAUAAUAGGAUCUAUCUAUUCUGUGAGCUUAUCUACUAGUUAAAGAGUUCUAUCUACUCUAAGUCUUAUCUAUACAGUUCCGGAUGUACAUAAAAUUAAAAUAACAAAUACAUGUUACAUUUUUCUACACCCCUCUCAAGUUGGUAAGUAUAUAUCAUACAUUCCCAACUUGCUUAUAAGUAGUUCAAAUACUGGUUUGAAAAGCCCCUUUGUAAAGAUAUCAGCUGUUUGUUCUUUGGUAGAUAUGAAUGGUGUACACAUAAUUCCAGCUUCAAUCUUCUCUUUGAUAAAAUGUCUGUCCACUUCAAUAUGUUUAGUACGAUCAUGUAGCACUGGGUUGUGAGCAAUAUUAAUGGCUGCCUUAUUAUCACAAUAUAACUUCAUAGGUAGUUCCAAUUUCAUAUUCAACUCUGAAAUCACUCUUGAUCCAAAGUAGUUCACAGAUUCCAUUAGCCAUAGAUUUGAAUUCAGAUUCUGCACUACUUCUAUCAACCACAUUCUGCUUCUUACUCCUCCAAGUCACUAGAUUCCCCCAUACAUAAGUACAAUACCCAGAUGUAGAUCUUCUAUCAGUUAUUGAGCCAGCAUAAUCUGCAUCUGUAAAGGCUUCCACACUUCUAUUGUCACCUUUUUUAAAAAACAAUCCUUUCUCUGGACAACUUUUCAAAUACCUUAGGAUUCUGUAGGUAGCAUCUAGAUGUUCCUGGAAUGGAUUAUGCAUGAAUUGGCUAACCAUACUAACUGCAAAGGCAAUAUCUGGCCUUGUAUGUGCCAGAUAAAUCAAUCUUCCCACCAAUCUUUGAUAUUGUUGAACAUUAACUGGUACUCCUUCUUUGAUAUCUCCUAACUUUUGAUUAGGAUCAAUUGGAGUAUCUAUUGGUCUGCAGGCACUCAUACCGGUUUCAUGAAGAAGGUCUAGUACAUACUUCCUCUGAGAUACCACAAUUCCCUUCUUUGAUCUGGCUAUCUCCAUGCCAAGAAAGUACUUCAAUUCUCCUAGGUCUUUGAUCUCAAAUUCCUGAGCCAGCUUCUCCAGCUUCUUCUUCAGGGCUUCAAUUUCUUUAUAAUAGUCUCCUGUAAGAAUGAUAUCAUCCACAUAAACAAUUAACACUGCAAUCUCUCCCUUACUUGAGAACUUCAUGAAUAGUGUAUGAUCUGUUUGGGCUUGCUUGAAUCCCUGCCUCUUUAUGAAUUGAGUAAACCUGUCAAACCAAGCCCUUGGGACUGUUUAAGUCCAUAUAAGGCUUUCUCCAGCUUGCACAUCUUUGAGCCAUACUGUCCCUCAAACCCAGGAGGGGGACUCAUGUAUACUUCCUCUUCAAGCUUCCCAUUUAAGAAAGCAUUCUUCACAUCUAACUGUUGAAGAGGCCAGUCUAGGUUAGCAGCUAGAGAUAAAAGGAUCCUUAUAGUAUUUAAUUUUGCAACUGAAGCAAAAGUUUCUGUAUAAUCUAUGCCAUAGGUUUGUGUAUAUCCUUUGGCAACCAAUCUGGCCUUAUAUCUUUCAAGUGUACCAUCUGCCUUGAAUUUAGGGUUAAAUACCCAUUUGCAUCCCACUGUUUGUUUGUUCUUGGGUAAUUCCACAACCUGCCAUGUCUGAUUCUUUUCAAGAGCAUUCAUUUCCUCUAAAACAGCCUUCUUCCACUAAGGUUUAGAUAGAGCUUCCUGUAUGGUUAAGGGAAUAGAAACAGUGGAAAGGCUAGAGGUAAAGGCUGCAAAUGAUGCAGAUAACUGAGAAUAAGACACAUAGUUUGAGAUAGGGUAUUUAACACAUGAUCUUUUUUCUUUUCUGAGAGCAAUGGGUAGAUUUAGAUCACUGGAAUUAUUACCUUUGUCAUUUUCUGACAUUGAGUCAGAUUCAUGAGCAAUGGCAGGAUCAGAGAUGUCCUCUAUUCUUUGAUUUGGAACUCUCCUUUCAUAAACCUUGCCAAAAAAUUUACUUGUCUACUGUUCAUCAUCUUUCCUUGUCUCAGAAAAUUUUAUUUCAUUUUCUUUUGAUUCUUGACUAUUUUCUAGUGCAUCUAACUGUCUAUUAUAUUGUGCAUCUAGACUAAUGUCAAGAAAUUCAAGUUUUUCAUGGAUAUGUGACACAUUAUUACCAUCUUCAUUAGGAAUCUCCCCCUGAAGAUGAGUACUAAAAAAGGUUGAUUUUCAACAAAAACAGUGUUCAUUGUUACACACAUUUUUUUUGCAGUAGGGUCAAAACAUUUAUAGCCUUUCUGUGUUGAAGAUAGUCCUAAGAAAACACAUUUUUUGCCUCUAGGAUCAAAUUUGCUUGCAGUUUUGUCAGGGUUGGUAAUAAAAACUGUGCAGCCAAAAAUUUUUAUGGGAAGAGAGUUGAUAAGCCUAGUUUCAGGAAAACUGGCUUGAAGUGUAUCCAUGGGAGUUUUAAAUCCUAGAGUCUUUGAUGGCAUCCUAUUAAUUAAAUAGGUAGCAUGUAAAACAGCUUCUCCCCAUAAAUAUUUUGGAACUCCAGCAGAAAACAUAAUUGCACGAGUGACUUCAAUCAAAUGCCUAUUUUCCCUCUCAUCUAUUCCAUUCUGAGCAGGUGUAUUUAUACAGGAACUUUGAUGAAUAAUCCCCUUUUCAGCAAAAAAAUUAUUUAAAUUCUUAGAAAAAUACUCAAGGCCAUUAUCACUUCUCACAAUCUUGAUAUUAGUAUUGAAUUGAGUCUGAACCAUUGAGUAAAAUUUCUUGAACACAUCUUCAACCUCAGAUUUUUCUUUAAUAAAAAAACCCAUGUGACCCGUGUGUGAUCAUCUAUGAUAGUUACAAACCACCUUUUUCCUUUCAAAGUUGAAACUCUAGAUGCACCCCAAAUAUCACUGUGUACAAUAGUAAAAGGACUAGUUGGUUUGUAACUAUGAGGGAUAUAAGAGCUCCUAUGAUGUUUGGCAAGUGCACACAUAUCACAAUGAAAUGAUGAAGGAUUUUUAUUAUGAAAUAACUUAGGAAACAACCUCUUUAGAUAGGAAAAACUUGGGUGACCUAAUCUAUAGUGCAUUAAAUACAGUUCAUUAUUACAAGGAAAGGAAAUAGUUUGCAGACAAGUUUUUUCUUGACCUUGUUUAUUCAAUUGUGUUCCUUAAUAAAAAACAUAUAGGCCAUCCUCCUCUCUAGCACUGCCAAUCAUCCUCCCCGAUGCCAGAUCCUGAAAAAUGCAAUAAGAAGGAUAAAACUUUACACAACACUGAAGGUCUUUGGUUAUUUUGCUAAUAGAGAUAAGAUUGCAGGAAAGUUUAGGAACAUGUAAGACUUUAGAAAGGUUAAUGGAUGAUGAAAUUUUAAUAUUUUCCAUCCCUGUUAUGGCUGAAAAAGAGCCAUCUGCAACUCUAACUUUCUUAUCUCCUGCACAAGGUUGAUAUGAAAAAAAGAGAUUUGGAAUGUAGGUCAUAUGGUCUGUUGCACCUGAGUCAAUGACCCAGGUGCUUUUUGGUUUUUCAGAACAAAAAAAUGAUGUUAUUUUACCAUUUUGGGCAAAAGAACAUGAAGGGUUUUCUUGGUUGGAGAUUUUCUGGGUGGGUAUAAAUUGGAGUAGGUACUCUAUCUGUUCCUGUGUGAUUCAACUCCUGACUCUUGUUGAGUCUCAGUCACAAUAGUUUGUAGGGCCCUUUCAACUUUCUUCUUUCUAGCUCCUGGUGGUUUUCCAUGAAGUUUUCAGCAUGUUUCCCUUGUGUGCCACAAUUUCUUGCAGUGAUCACACCAAGGUUUUUUCUUGUCAUCACUUCUGGCCACUAAAGCUGAAGAGUCCUCAGGUUCCUCAUUAGGCACUAGAGUGUUGUACAUGACCCUCCUCCUGCUAUCUUCCAACCUGAUCUCAGAAAAGACCUCUCUGAUUGGGGCCAGAAGUUUCUUUCCCAGUAUUCUGCCUUUUACUUCAUCUAGGUCUCUAUUGAUCCCUGCUAGAAACAUAUAGACCCUAUCAUUCUCUUCUCUUUUCUUAUGUCUGGCCAAAUCCUUAGCACUCUCCCACUCUUCAUCACCAUAGCAUUGAUCUAAUUCUUACCACAGAGAUACCAUUUCAUUGUAAUAUGAAAUGAUAUCCCUAUUUCCUUGUUUAAAUUGCCACAGCUUGGUUUUGAGUUCAAAAAUUUGAGAAGAGUUCUCAAGAUCUGAAUAAGUUUCCUUAAUAGAGUCCCAUACCUCCUUUGCAGUUUUCAUAAACAUAUGAGGUUUGGCAAUUAAGGGCUCCAUGGAGUUGAGAAACCAAGCUGUUAUGAGUGAAUUCUCUGACCUCCAUGUACUGUAACCUUCUUCUGCAGGUAGUUUUGGUUUGAUUUCUCCUGUGAUGUAACCUAGCUUUCCCCUCCCAUCAAUUGCAAGUCUGACAGAUUGAGACCAUUCCAGAUAGUUUGUUCCAUUCAAUCUAUGACUAGUGAUUAUCAUAGAUGAAUGAAUAGGAGACUGGUAAUUUGUCAUAGGGCUAAUUUGGGAGUUAGGGUUGAUAGUGUGUGAGGAAUCAACAUCACUGGUUUCUACCAUUGUGUUGUUUAAACCGAGGCUCUGAUACCAUGUAGGUUUGAAGAAUUAAUCUUCCUUGAAUGUUAUUGAGCCAUCCGGCAAUGAUAUAUAUACAAGUUACAGAUAAAGCCUAAUUGUUACGGAUCCUAAAUAAUAGGAUCUAUCUAUUCUGUGAGCUUAUCUACUAGUUAAAGAGUUCUAUCUACUCUAAGUCUUAUCUAUACAGUUCCGGAUGUACAUAAAAUUAAAAUAACAAAUACAUGUUACAUUUUUCUACAUUUUCAAAAAUGAAAAAAAUGAGAUAUGUCUCUCUUUUCUAUAAUGAAUUGGAGACGCGACUUUUAGUAGUUUUCUAAAUUUGGAAAACGCGGAUGAUGCAGAACCGCUGCAAUGAAUUUGCAUACUUACACCUAGUGGUGCAUCCGCUCUCGCUCUGGUGUCAGUUCUAAUCCGGUCCACGACCCGACGAUCCCUAUCUUGUCCGAUUGAUGACCCAGCGUUCACUGUCCUGUCCGAUCGAUGACCCAACGGUCCUUAUCCGGUCCGAUUCAUGACUAAGCGGUCCUUGGCCAGUCCCGUCAACGACUCAACGAUCCCUGUCUGGGCCGGUCAAUGACCCGGCGGUUCAGUCUCGGUUAUUAGAAAUCACUUUUUAAAGUGAAGAGUUUUAAAAGAAUUGUUGAGUUGUCAACCAAUAGGGAAAUGAGAAAAAAAAUCUUCAAACUAACCGUUGAGAUCGACCGAGCCCGACCGGUUUCAGUCCCGACUUUCCUAUACGUGGGACCUGGUACCCUACUUGGGUUGUACUAGGUUUGAUUUCGGAAUGGGACCGUACUUUCAGUCUUCUGGAACCGGGUGAAAAAAUUUGAUGAACAUGUUUUCAAAUUUGAAAAUGGAAAACUAAAAAAUGAAAACAGAAAACUGGAGAAAGAAAAUUGGGAAAUGAAAACAGAAAAUUGGAGAACGGAAAACAGAAAUAGAAAACUGGAAAAUAUGUCCUUAACUUUUAAACCAGUUUCAUUUUCAAUAGCAACCUUUCACCUUUUUAAAGAUAACAAAUACAUCAGAUUUAUGUUUGAGAAAAUAAACCCAUAUCUUUCUGGUGGAGUCGUCAAUGAAGGUGACGUAGUAUCUCGAUCCACCUAUUGAAGCUACAGAUACGGGCCCAUAGACAUCUGAGUGAACUAGCUCCAACUUCUGAGUCUUCUUUGUCGUUCCUGAUUUUGAAAAAGUGACCUUUUUCUGCUCACCGUAGACAUACGGCUCACAGAAACCAACUGCCACAUUCUUCAGGUUUGGAAUCUUUCCUUUUAAAGCUAUCAUUUUCAUUCCUUUCUCAAUCAUGUGCCCAAGUCUGUGAUGCCGCAUAUUAGAAUCAUCCACAGCUACAUUUAUUCCAUCUGCCGGUACUUCCAUCAUGUAUAAACCAGACUGCCCUUAACCACUUUCCACUGGCCAUUCCCAAAGACAACGUGAUAACCUUGAUCAUCCAACUGCCCAACUGAAAUUAACAUUCUUUUGAGUCCUGGAAUAUAUCUCACAUCCUUCAACAUCCAAUUUGUGCCAAGGGACGUUUUGAGAAUCACAUCUCCCAUGCCCGUGAUAUUUAAGGUUUCAUCAUCUGCAACUCAGACUUUACCGAAACUACCAGACCUGAAUCCAUGAUCCAUGAUUCGAUAGCACUGUCGACACAGCAAAUUAGUGCAUCAUCUGAACUUUCAGCUGCAACGUUUGCAUCCUGCCCACCUUUCUUAUUGCCCGCCGGACACUGAUUUCUAAAGUGACCGGUUUCUUUGCAAUUCCAGCACAUGAUGUCCUUCCCGGUCUAUGGCUACCCUCUUUUUCUGGAUUUCGAUCUACCUCUCCCUUUACUAUACCCUCUGUCCUUUUUCCUGCUCCUGCCUUCAGUGCUUAACAAAGAACUGGAAGAUUCACCUGAAUUUCUCCUACGGAUAUCUUCUCCCAGAAUGAGAUCUCGAAUCCCAUUGAACGUAAGCUGUGACCGUUCCUGACCAACUCUCGGGCAAUGAAGAUAAUAAUAGCAACGCUUGUACCUCAUCAUCGAAUGCAAUCUCAACAGACACUAACCUCGUCAAUAUUGAAUUGAAUUCGUUCACAUGAUCUGUAACUGAUGCUCCUUCCUUAAUCUUUUAUUCACUAGUUGUCUAAUUCGAAAAACCUUAUUCGACGCACUAGGUUUUUCGUACAUGUUGGACCAUGCUGUGAGUAAUCCGUGAGUAGUUUUUUCAUUGACAAUGUUGUACACAACGUUCUUUGCCAAUGAUAACCUAACCACACCCAAUGCUUGACGGUCAAGCAAAUCCCAUUCGGCUUGAGGCAUCUCUGUGGCUUUAAUACCAGACAAGGGUUCAUGUAGCUUCUUCUGGUAUAGCUGUAUAGGUAGUCCUCGAUUUGCAUCUUCCAGAAACCGAAGUCAAGGCCUUCAAACUUGUCUAUUCUGACCUUACCAUCUUCUGCCAUCACUGAACAACAGUUUCACGACGAUCGGCGCAGGUGCAGCUUCUGGGAUGGGACGGCUAGGGUUUCUGCAGUUAGGGUUUCUGCUAGAGUGUAACCAAACGAGCCUGGUCUCUGAUACCGGUUGUUAGGGUUAGGAUCUCUAACGCUCACACACACAUAUCUGAAAAACUAGAAAGAAAAACGAGAAGAACGGCACAAGAAUUUAACGUGGUUCAGCCAGUAAAUGUUACUGACCUAAUCCACGGGGGCAACUAGGGUUUUCUUUCUUAUUGAGGUGAUGAAAUACAGUACAGUGGUUUACAAGUACAGGAGGCAGUAUAUAUAGGCAAGCAAUCAGGGUAAACUUUAAAUUUAACUUUGGGCCUGACUGCCACCAAAAAACAGGCCCAACUAGCGCUGGCUGCACAUCUAGCUAUGGCCGGCUGCACAUCUAGCUAUGGCCGGCUGCACUUCUAGCUAGGGCCGGCUGCUGCUCACUGCUUAUUUGGCACCCAGAUCUGAGUGGGCCGAAGCCUACACCCCAACAAGUAACUGGCUUGUAAGUGAAUGGAUAAAAUUAAUAUAAAAUGAUAUGUUCAUGAGCUGUACAAACGAGCAUUUUUUUGGGCUCUGUCUCUCUUAUCUUUAUUAAAAAGCUCCAUAGUGAGCUAAGUAGUUAAUAUAUUAGUAAUAUAUUAGUAUUAUAUGAAUAAAAUAAUAAUCCUAAUAAUGAAGUGGAAACAAAUUCCAACAAUCAUAGACAUUCUAACUUCCAAUAAAAAAAAUCACGUAAUAAUACUUGAUUCUGAACUUUUAUCUUAAAGACCUAAACUAAUCUUAUUGAGUUUAGGGUCAUCAUUUUCUUCUUCAUCCUCCAUGUCCUCAAUUCUAAAUUGACUUGGUAAUCUUAUUUUUGCAAUUUUAAAAUACCUACUAAUUAUUCAUAAAUUCCAUAAUAUCCCAGUUUAGUUUAAACUUUUCAGAUUUAACGCCCAAAAAAUAAUUUUUACUGGCUGCCAAGUAACUCAGCGAGCCAACCUUGUCACCAUGUAGUGAAAAUCGCCGGGUACCGGACGAGUUACUUGGAAAGAUGGAACAGUGUGACUCAGAGUACUAUUCGGUAAGGCCCUACCCCGAGAUGCAAGUUCUCGGCUAGUACUCGGCGAUUAGAUAACAUAGACAGUGAGGUUUUUUUAUGUUCAAUUAACUAAUCUUAUAACUCAAACAAACACCAAAUGAGCUUGAACCCUAUUUAUUCACAGAACACUGUAUUCAUUUACUGCCCUAGAUCUAUGAAGUAAUGUGAUUGUUAUUUAGGAGUAGGGUCUUUAUUGACAUUAGCUAAACUUAUUAUUAUAUAUACUAUAGGCCAUAGUUGUCAUGGCGUAUGAAGACAGUCAUGGAGCUAAGACAUUUGUCCAUGGCGAUAGCUAUGGCGCAUUAUGGCGUCACCACAUGACACAGAAAAUAUUUACCAAAACUAUAAACUAUAGACACUAUAAAUCUAUGAUUCGUUCACCAAAAAAUGAACAAAGCAGUUGAAUACCCACAUUUUAACAAUCUAACUAAAUCACACAAAGUAAAAAUAGUUAAAGUAGUUCUAAAAAUUAAUGUAAUAUUAAAAAAAGUUUCAUGUCAUCCAAAAUAUGUCAACUUGUUUUUUGUUUGAUAUCAUCAAUUAUCAUCGGGAAAAUGCCCUAAAAUUGAGUAAACAUGUUUUGGAAUUCCAAAAUAAGAUUGCUAUGUUUUUCUUCCGGAAAUAAAAGUAGUUACUAUCAUGAUUGAAAAAUACUACGAUGUUAAUGUCUAGUACUACAACUAUUUUUGCAGUAAUGACUCCAAGAUGGCAUUAAAUACUGUCAUGUUACUCCUUUUCGGGAAGAAAAACAUAGCAGUUCUAUUUUGGAAUUCCAAAACUAGUUUACUCCUAUUUCAGGAACUUUUCCAUUAUCCUCUUUCAUUUCACUCAUAGAAGGAUCUUCAAUCUCAUUCGUCUCAUCUUCAACUUGCAGCCGAUGUAUUGUUGUUGCUCAAGUGUUGUGAGUUGCUUCAUUAACACCAACUGCUUCUUCCACUACAUCCCAAUUUUCAAUUUCAUUUUGCUUGGCUGUGUCAUCAAUCCAUUGAUUGUAAUGCUCAAUAUUAUCUAAAGAUAUUUUCAUUUUUCUGAACGCUUGAUCUUGAAGACAUUGAUUCUUCCAAAUGCUUACCAGAUCAUUCAUUUUUUGGCAACAGUCUUAUCCUUUCCUUGCUUUGAACCUAAUAUGGGUAGAUACUAAAUUAAUUACUCUUCACAUACCUUUUGCCAUUUCAUGGAGUCGGUAUGGCGCCACCACAUGUAUAGUCUUCGCCAAAAGGGUUUUUUGUGGCGAGGGGGCUUUGGUAUUGCCAUAUGGCGCAUGUGGGGUGAGUCAUAUUCUACCAUCGACAAGUAAGCUAUAGACUUGUUGUAUGGGUUCUUUAGUCUAUAAUCAGCGAUUCUGCUAAAAAAUCAGGUUUGCCAGAUUAAUCUCUAGUUUGACUAUAUUGUUUGCAAAUUGCAAAUAUUAGUGAUCCAGUGCAGUGUAAUUAGAUUUGUAUGUUUCGUACAGAACGAUGCAAGAUUUACCUAAACAGUGCAAAUUGAAUGGAUGAAUAAACAAUUGCUGUAAAUCAUUGUCGUGUCGUAGUGUAUUGCACUGAAUCUUAGGAAUUGUGAUUCAAAAAGUGCAUGUUACUAUCAAGAUUUCCAGUGUGUUAGGCCAAGUAUUAAAAAGCCUUUCAGGGUUUUACUUUGGCUCAACUUUUCUGAGAAUAAAAUAUCUGAUGACUCUUCGUUUACCUCAGGGCUCAGGCUGUAUAAAGAGACUUUAUUAUUCUUCUUAAACCUAAACCUUGCAUUUAAUUCAGUCUCUCUCUCUGUGCCUCUCAAUAUUAGAUUUUUCAUCUUCCAUUCUACAUACCUUCUUCACUUUUUCUAUCAUUGUAAUGGGUAAUCCAAAGCAAAAAUACUGUGUAGAAGAUAUAGCAUGGCAACACUGUAUAAGCGUUAAACAACACAUAUUCUUUGAGUUUUAGUGAAAUACAACUACUAUUCUCAUACUUGUUGGGGUGUUGUUGCGAGAAUGAAGCAUCAGUUUGCUGAGUAUUUUGCAUUAUAAUUUAUAUUAUCUAGGUGAUAUGCAGUCAGUCUUACCACACUAAUAGUGAACUGAUGUACAAAAAUGAUGUUUUUGCUAUUUUUAAUUUUGAUGUAUCGCCUAGAAUGGCAAACAUUUUGAUUAUUGAAUGUCAUAUAUUAUAUGAAAUUAUGUUGUUUACUUAUGCUACUUGUUUUUAAUGAGAUAUACUAUAUUUUUAUUAGUUGUGUAUCUUACAGUACUAUUUGUGAUUCGAAAAAUGGGCCUUGCAACUUAUAACUUGAAUCCCAAUUUGAUAAACCUCAACCAGAUCUUUUUUUGUUUUGCAGAUGGGAUGUUUGCUGAAUGGUUGCCUUCAUUUCAGUUUAGUAUUAAAUUUUCCAAGAAAAAGACAGUCCCAUUAGAUUUUUUUUUUUACUUUAGCUUGCUCAUACAGCUUGCGUAGACCAUAUUACCGUUAUUACUCUGUAGCUUCACACAAAAACAUUGUUAAUACUCACUUGGAAACCUCACAAGUGUUCCAUAUUACUAAAUAUUUGGAAUUUUAUCAGGCGAGGGCACUUAUUGAAUGGCAUGGUGUAUCACGGUUUUGUGGGGUUUGUGGAAGUCGGAAUGUUCCUACAGAUGCUGGGAAAAGGAAGCAGUGCUCAAACGCGUUGUGCAAGAAAAAAGUCUAUCCCCGAGUUGAUCCGGUUGUCAUCAUGUUAGUCAUAGAUAAAGAAAAUGACCGUGCACUACUAAGUAGGAAAUCAAGAUUUGUGCCCCGUAUGUGGAGCUGCCUGGCUGGUUUUAUGGAGCCAGGGGAAAAUUUAGAAGAGGCAGUGAGAAGAGAAACAUUGGAGGAAACUGGUAUUGAAGUUGGUGAAGUAGUUUAUCAUAGUUCUCAGCCUUGGCCGGUUGGACCCAGCAGUAUGCCAUGCCAACUAAUGGUCGGAUUCUUUGCAUAUGCUAAAUCAUUUGAUAUUGAAGUGGACAAGGAAGAAUUGGAAGAUGCUCAAUGGCACAGCAGAGAGGAUGUGAAGAAGGCUCUGACUUAUGCGGAGUACUACAAGUCCCAAAAGACAAAUGCAGCAAAAGUAGAUCAAAUGUGCAAGGGUGUUGAGAAUGAACAACAGAGCUUAUCGGUGAGCUAUAAUGUUGAAAGUGGGGAGCUUACUCCUAUGUUUGUCCCUGGGCCCUAUGCGAUCGCCCAUCAUCUCAUCUCCUCCUGGGCUAAUAAUAAGGUUGGCAGCGGCAACGAAAUGCAGCCCAAUCAGCAGCAAACUGCUUCGCUUCCAAAGUUGUAGCCACUUUCUUAAACCAGAAACUCCUUGGAGCAUCAUAGUGUUACAACCUUACCUGUUUCAAAGCUAGUGCGGGCUGGGAGCAGAUGGGGAACUGGUUAAAAACCGGACCAAAUGAGUUGGACCAGCGAUUUUUUCUGUUCAGUAGUAGGUUUGCACAGAAUGGCGAUUUUUGUGAAUUUUGUCCCAUCUUCCUGUCAUGGUUGGGCUUCAUUAUUAUUUAAUUAGUUCACAUAUACACAUCUCACUUUAUAUGAAUAAUAAAAUCGUUAAAGUUGAAACUUAAAACACAAUACAAUGCCCAUAACUUAGACUGCUAUGAUACUAUUAUUCUUUGUUUUCAUUUUGAAGUUUGAACAUGACAAAUAUGUAUUGUUUUGUUGUUUAUAUGAAUAUUCUUUGGCACU